AUGUCUCAAUUGCGAAAACGUAGUCACCCCUCUCAAACGAACUCGCAGGAUUUGUUUGAAACAGAUAAUUACUUGCCAUCCCAACGGGUGGGCAUUGUGCAUCAAAAUGUCAAUUUUGUUAUUCGUUAUUGUUACAAUUCAUGGAUUCUCCCAUCAUUUCUGUUGCUAAUCGUGAAUAAGACAAAGCCACUAUUCUACCACAACAAUUGCAAAGCUGAUCACAUGAAUUCCCUUGGUCCUCCUCAACACCACCCUGUCCUUAAAGUUUGAUUUCAAAUUCCAUUCUUUUGCACUGAUCUGAUCCAACAUGGAACAUACCCUCACCGUCACAGCUAAAUUGCUUCCCCACAGUGGUUCUCAGAAUGAGGCUAAUGAGGAGCCAAUUACCAGUGGUUCUGACGAUGAAUCUCCGAGCAAAUCCCUGAUUAGUUCGACACCUCCAGGAUUGAAUGUGACGGAUUCUCGCGGUGGCGUUGGGGGCCACAUCAUGGAAAAUCCUCACAACCUCGUGACACGUUUACUGGCGGCUCUUUUCUACGGAGUGGCCUCGUUUCUGAUCAUGGUGGUGAACAAGAAUGUGCUCACAACACAGCGAUUCCCAAGUUUUCAGGUGCUUGGCCUUGGACAGAUGGUGGCCACCAUAUCGGUGCUAUUUAUAGGCAGAUUGUUCAGGAUUGUCACUUUUCCCACCUUCUCGCCGGACAUCUUCCGGAAGAUUUGGCCAUUACCUCUUUUCUACAUUGGGAACAUGAUUUUCGGUUUAGGCGGGACCAAGGAGCUCUCCCUGCCAAUGAUGACUGUUCUACGAAGGUUCUCCAUCCUGAUGACCAUGAUGGGAGAAUGUUAUGUGCUCAAAAACCGACCGAGGAUGUCGGUUCAAAUCUCAGUAUACAUUAUGAUCUUUGGUGCCAUGGUUGCAGCUUGCAACGAUCUCGCUUUCAACUUCAAGGGAUACGUAUACAUCCUUCUGAAUGACAUUUGUACAGCAGCUCAGGGCGUUUAUAUGAAAAAGAAAUUGGACGCCAAGGACCUGGGCAAAUACGGUCUGAUGUUCUACAAUGCCAUAUUCAUGUUCAUCCCUGCCGUUUUGAUCGCUUUCAACACAGGAGAAUUCGAGAAAGUGACGGACUAUCCAGGACUGCACGAUCCUUUUUUCAUAUUUAUGUUCACACUCAGUUCGGUCUUUGGGUUCAUCCUGAUCUUCGCCACAGUGUGCUGCACUCAGUACAACUCCGCCCUGACCACAUCCAUAGUUGGGUGUCUCAAAAACGUGCUAAUCACUUAUUCAGGAAUGGUGAUUGGCGGGGAUUAUGUGUUCUCCAUGUGGAACUUUAUGGGACUGAAUAUCAGCAUAAUGGGUAGUCUUCUAUACACAGGGGUCACGUUCAGUAGUAAAUCCAGCCCUAAGCUAACGGCCGCCUCCGCCAAAUCAACCACUGUUGUGUGAUAUCAUAUCAGCUUUGUGCCUGAGUCUAAUGUAUUUCGUCAAUCUCUACAAUUUUUGAAACAAAAUACAGUGGAACAAAUGGAA